AUUUAAUAAUAAAAUUGAUUAUAAUAGGAUACCAAUUAUUGAAAUAAAUGAUUUUAAAUUUGAGGAUUAAUGUUAGUUAGUCUUUAUAAAAUUGAAUACAAAUGAUUUAAAUUUUAAUUUUUUUUAAACAUUUUAUUUUAAACUCCUAUAGUGGCGACAUCUUAUAAAGAGGGGUAAAGACUAAUACAUUUUCAAAUAUGAAAUCGAUAAUAAAUUUUAGUUAAUCUCGCGUUAAUCUUGUUUGAAUUUGAAUUUAAAAAUUGGCGGGGAAAGGGCCUAAAGCCCGUAACCAUGACAGUCGCAGGGCAGGAUAUUAUUCAAAUGUUUUCGGUGACAUAUUUCAAAAUAUUCGACAUCGUCUAACUUAUUUUUAAAAAUCACGGCCGGCCGUCGGAAAAUGAGCUACACUGUCGUGAUCCUGAUGCACAAAAUCGUCGACGACCGGAUCGUAUCUACGGUCAGAGACGAAAAAAACUCUAGACUCGCCCUGGAUAUGGUGAUGCGAACGUACCUCAACCCCGACAGAAUUAGACUGAAUAUAUCGAAUUAUAGUGAGGAGAAGGUAAGUUUAAAUAUCGACGAUCACUUGCAUAUCCAGGAUUCAUUGGUGAUAGAGGCGCUCAAUGAGAACGAGAUGAUAAUGUACGAGCGAAUGAAUUUGAAUUUUCCUACGUUGACCAAGUGCCAGAAUUGCGAAACGAAUUUUCCGACGAAAUAUCAGUAUCAGCGGCAUCAGUGCGAUUUUGACGUCAACAAGGUGGUUUUCAAAACCUGCCCUGACGAUGAAAUUGCAGAAAAUAUAACAGAAAAUAAGAAAAAAACAGAGUGCGAAAUAUGCGGCAAGUUUUUCGCGAGCAAAAUUAACCUGGAAAAACACCAAGAGACCCAUUCCGCUCACGAUAAUAUCUGCGAGUUUUGUGCGAAGCGGUUUGUCAGCGAAAACCGGCUGAGAAUUCAUAAGGAAAAUCAUUGCAAGAAGGCGGGUGACGUUGCCAAGUUUUAUCGCAGCGAUGUUACAGUGUGGAAGUGUAGAAAAUGCCACGAAGUGUUUUCUUCCGCUGAAAUUGCGGUGCAUCACGUAGAAAUUUGUCAGGAAUCUGGAGAUAAUAACGAAAACAAGGAAAACUUUAUCGAGAAAAUUUCUACCGAGAUUCUGCUGCAGUGCGAGUUCUGUAACAGAACUUAUUCUGAUAAAAAUCUGUUAUUGAUGCACCAAAGAAAGCACACUACCGCAAAAAACUACGAAUGCGUUAACUGUUUGAGGACUUUUGACUCUUUUUGUACGGCUUCGUCUCACUGGCUGAAAAAAUGCACGGAAUUUUCAAAUUUAUUUUACUUACCUCGAUUGUCUUACUGCGAGUACUGUGAUCGCACGUUCAAGUCUCACGAUAUCCUCUACAAUCACAAAACAAAGAAGAAGCACUAUACCCCGAAACUACAUUCGCGUGCGGAUGGCCCGCAAAAGCUUGACGAAGAUGGAGAAGUAAAACCGUUGAUUGAGAAUAAGGAUAUUGUGAACAAACUUAUAGAGGAUGUGCUAAAAACUCUAGAGGUACCUGUGAAUGACUUGGAUGAUGGAGGUGAGGUCCAAAUGCAAGAGAUCAAGGUGAAAAUUGAACCCGGAGUGGAAGAUCUUUCAAGUUCUAGGUUGGAGCAGGAAAUUAUAGAAGAACAGAUAAAACCACCUAAAAAACGUAAAUUACAAUCACGUAAUUCUUCUACUAAGCCCAAAAAGCACGCUUCAGCCACCGAUGAAGGUUUCAAGUACCAAUGCGAGCGGUGCAUCAAGGUUUUCAGUUCUGUAAACGCUUUGGAAAAUCACAGAAAUAAUGAACACGCCGCAUCGUUUUGCUGUGAAGAAUGUAACCAGACUUUGCCUUCGGCCAAAGCGUUGCUGAUCCAUUGCAGGGCUCACAAAAGUUUAAAACCGUACGUUUGCGAUACUUGCGGGCGCAGUUACUCGCAAACUUCCCAUCUGUGGCAGCACAUGAGAUUCCAUCAAGGUAUCAAACCGUUUGCCUGUCCACACGAAGGUUGUGAAGCCAGGUACACAAUCCGUCCAGAUUUGAAAGAUCACAUUCGCAAGGUUCACACUAGAGAAAGACCUUUCAAGUGCAACGUCUGCAACAAGUGCUUUUUGACAGGUUCCGUCUACUACCAACACCGUCUCAUACAUACCAACGACCGAAGAUACGGCUGUGAGAUUUGCCACAAGAGAUUUUUCAGGGCUGAUGCAUUGAAUAACCACAAAAGAAUCCACACAGAUGAACGGCCUUAUCCUUGCUCAGUAUGUGGCAGGGAAUUUCGACAGAAAGGUGAUAGAAACAAGCAUGUGAAAACUCAGCAUCCCGAAUACUCAUUAAAUAGGAUUUAGAAUCAAAUAUAUUUGUCGUUUUAUCGUUUGAAAAAUUGUGUUUAUUAAAUUUUAUUGUUAAUUUUAAUUGUAGUAGGUUGGAUGUUUCUUAAAAAAUUGUUUCUGUAUAAUUUUAAA